AUGAGACUCCAUCACGAAACGGGUUUCCUAAUGACGCUUACUCUGACGUCGGAGAUAUAUGCCUCGGCCAUAGGGGGCAAGCAGGAAGUAGAGGCUGUACAGGGCAGUUCGACUGCCUUCAACUGUACUGUAAAGCAGAUCCUCAUCGGUCAGUCGGACGAAGGGACAAG